AUGCUCUGCAAGAACCAAAUCAGAACGCCGACCACCGUGGAUUGGUUUAUCUGGGGCGGUUUGGAUCGAAAUCGCCACCGGAAUCUGAAAUCAGUGUUGGGCUACAAUCAGCAACAACUCACGAUGCUUGGUGUUGUCAAUAAUGUCGGAGAGAGCAUCACUUUCGUUCCCGGUUAUGCCAGUACCAAUAGGAAGAAGUUGUAA